CCAUUUCUGUCUGAAGCCAGCCUCCUCUGCUUUAUCCCCUCCAUGGCUCUCCAUCUCCGUCCACUGUGCUGAGUUCGUCGUCCGCUCUCAGUUCCUUCUCGUUAGCUCGGUCGCGACUGCUCGUCUCCUCCAAUGGCGGCCGCCGGCGGCUCUCUCCUCCUCCUCGCUCCCCCGCCUCCCUCCCCGGCGGCGGCGGCGGCGGCUCGUCGCGAGCUCCCCGUCGCUUCCCUCUCCCGCCGUCGCAUCCCCAGCGCUCGCCGCCCGACCGCCGGUUCCCGCCAAAAGCGCGACCUUUCGGCGCACCUCGGCGCCGCUUCCAUGUGUUCGACGGCGAGGGCGGAAUCGUCGUCGUCGGCGGCGAGCAGAGAGCCGAUGACUCCCCCUUACAAUGUCCUCAUCACCGGUUCCACCAAAGGCAUAGGUUAUGCGCUGGCUAAGGAGUUCCUCAAAGCAGGAGACAACGUCGUGAUCUGCUCGCGAUCAGUGGAGAGAGUGGAAUCUGCCGUUCGGGACCUUAGACAAGAAUUCGGGGAGCAGCAUGUGUUUGGUACAAAAUGCGAUGUCCGUGAAGGUCAGGACGUGAAGAAUUUGGUAGGGUAUGCACAAGAGAAACUGAAAUACAUCGACAUAUGGAUCAACAAUGCUGGAUCAAAUGCAUAUAGCUAUAAAGCACUAGCAGAAUCUUCAGAUCAAGAUCUUUUAGAAGUAGUCACAACAAAUUCUCUUGGGUUGAUGCUUUGCUGUCGUGAGGCAAUUAAGAUGAUGCUGAGCCAGCCUAGAGGGGGUCAUAUUUUCAACAUGGAUGGAGCUGGUGCAGAUGGAAGGCCAACUCCCAGGUUUGCUGCAUAUGGGGCCACUAAGCGCAGUGUGGUGCAUUUAACAAAAUCAUUACAGGCAGAGCUGCAGAUGCAAGAUGUGAAAAAUGUUUUAGUCCAUAAUUUAUCGCCAGGAAUGGUCACAACCGAUCUUCUCAUGUGCGGUGUCACCACAAACCAGGCGAAAUUCUUUAUCAAUGUCCUGGCAGAACCAGCUGAAGUGGUUGCCAAGUACCUUGUUCCGAAUAUCAGAUCGGUUCCGACCAAUGGAUCACAGAAACCCACUUACAUCCGUUUCCUUACAGGGAUCAAAGCAUACACCCAGAUAUUCUCAAGAAUUGCUUUUGGUGCACGAAGAAAUAGAUACAUUCUUGAAGAUUGAGGAGCAUCUGAGGCAGAAUCUGCCACUGAUUUCCUGAAGUAAAUUCAAGAUCUGUUUGUAAAUUUAUUUUGGUAGUUCCUUGGUUUAUUCUUCGAUGGAAAUCUGUUUGCUUUGAUAGUAUGUGUAGAUUGAGCUCACAGAAUUCUGAUUCGUAUCUCGGGCCAGUCGCCACCAUUUACUGGGAGUUGAUUCCUACUUUUUUUAUGUGGAAUGAUGUUAUCAUAUAAGUGAAUUUAUACUUCAUAUGACAAUGCUCCUCUUGAUACAUCAGUAUCAGGAAAAUGAGUUACUUAUAUGGUCUUUCGAA